AUGCUGGUUACCUACUUGGAAGCCAGCCGGGACCUUUGCGAGACGGACUCAAUUCUUUUUGGCGCCGCACUGGCAGUCUGCCGUAUUAUAGGCACCAAACUUUCCACGGCUGGACGCGCUACUGGACAAAGUAGUGCUAUCCCAGCCUGGAGAAUAAGAAUUGAAGAACGUAUCGCAAGGGCUAGGGCCCUCAUCGGCAGACUGAUAUGCUUCAGGUCAGGCAAUACCAGACCAAGAAUUGUGCGCACCGUCACGAUGGCGUUUGCUGGGACAAAUGUUAGUUUGUCCCAGCCGGAUAUAACGCAAAAACUGACGGAGCGCAUAGACGACCUGAAGCAAAGAAUCGCUGCUUGGGGAAAGCGGAUUCGGCGAUAUACCGAGAGAUCGACACGGUUCAACCAGAAUCGUCUCUUCCAGAGUGAUCAGAAGAGGCUCUACAAAUCAUUGGAGCGACCAAUAGUAAGUGGAACGGGCCCAGCACCAAAUCAGGCCGACACGGUCGCAUUCUGGCGCAGCCUGAGGUCAGCGCCCGUAAACCCCAACGAGGGCCCUUAG